UCGUGUUGAUACUGUGUUUUAUUGUUUAUAUAUAAAAAAGGUUAUUUUUCGUGUGCGUGUUUGUGACUUUUGUGACAUGUAAUUAAUAAGUGCUUUUGGAUAUAUUCUAUUAAGCAGCUGUUUUAGUCAUCAAAGAUUACAACAGGCAAAUAUAGUUGCUACAAACAGAGUGAUGCCCAAGCGUAAACAUUCUCAUGGCUGCAGUGGUUAGCCAUGCAAUGCGACGAUUUCCAACAACUCAGCCUGAUGCCGUUUAUCCCUACGGUUUAAGGCCUGAAGGAUCCCGAACGCCUUGGUCGUCGUCAGAUGAUGGAGAGAGCGCUUUAUCACGUUCAAUGCGAUACGCGGAUCCUUGGCUAUAUGGUAGUGUCCGAGCUCCUGCAGGGCUAGUUUUAACACCCGCCUUCGUGUUAUGCACAUGUUUGGAUUACGUUAACGGUACCAAGCGUUCUAACAAGAAGAGUCCUUCAACAUGCAAGAAAUGCAAAGGCACACGAUUACCUCUUUCGGCAGCGGAAAGCAAGUUCGGAACGGUGCGAUGUUAUCCAACGUCCACCACAGCCACACCUCUAAGAGCUGGCACCGUGCGGGUGGCUGGCUCUUCAUCGAGACCCUCGAUUCUGCCAUCUUCUGACCCCUAUGAUCUUAUGAGAAGGUCGAGGCUCUCAGUGUCCGAAGCAACUACGAGCCACUUUCGAGCACGUUCUAUUUCCCCUAGUAAGAGUAAAAGUACUGAGUCCAGAAGUCACAGUGCUAACAGAACCAAAAAUGGCCCCGUGGAAAGCUUCGGUUCGACGGCGGGUCGCCGUUCGAUCCUAGAAUGUGAUAUAAAUCCCUAUGAACUGAUGUCUUCUGAGUCCGAGCUCAGAGACGCGAGCAUAACUUUAGUUAAUGGCCAAAGAAUACGUGUUCGACCCCCUUCAGCGGAUUCGGAAUACGAAGAUGUACAAGUGAAAAGGCCGACUGCAUCAAAAACGCCCCAAGUUAAAAACAAAACUCCGUCGUCACAAAAGUUAAAUGAAAAGGAAUCUGAAUGUAACCGGUUCAAGUCUAUAUUAAAGAAACCAACGACAACUUUCAGUGACACGGAUUCAAACAGCCGCGAGCACAGCCCCUCGCCCGCGCAGAAAAGUGGGUCACACUUUUACCUGCCUAUGCCCGUCAACACACCCAGGAAAAAAGUGCAGUUUUUAGUAGAAAAUGAACUUGAAACUCAUGAACAAAGUAAUCGAAAGGAUGAUGAAGCGAAUUGCACUGUCGACGACUUACACGAAACGUCGUGCUCGGAGGAGUGCGAAUCUGAAUCGUCUAGUGAGGAAGUGCAGCAAGAAAAAUCAAAUCCAAAGGUCUGCAAAUUACGGAGAAGUGUAAGUGAACGUUUUAACAAUGAAGCGAGGAAAGUUGUAUUCCACGAUACAAUGGCAUUACGUUCACGUUCACGAAGUGAAGUGAGAAUUGCUUUCGGUGAACAAGAUUUGGAAAGAUUAGAUGGACUGACUUCAAGAACGAGGCGGAAAAGUCCAACAUCAUUACGUCCUAAUGAACCACCCCCGCCCCCGCCACCAGCGUCACCUGACAAAUUAGAAAACAAUGAACUCAAAACGUCCGGCUUUACUGACACGAUUAAAUUGGAUAAAAUAAAAAACAAAAAAGUAGAAUCAACUCCAAGGAAAACAAGUGACAUAAAAAAGAAGACAGAAAGUGCAGAAACUCCAAAGCCUGAACAAGUUGUUGGAAAUCAUAAAGCAAAAGACGUUAAGGAUUCUAAUAAAGAAAAAGGUGUUAAAAAUGGUAUUAAAAACGUAGUAAAGUGUAUAGAAGAACAGCCAUGUAACAAAAAACUUCAGGGAACAAAGGAAGAUAAAGUGGAAUUACAGCAAAUCAUCAAUGAUGUUCCGCCAUCCGCACCGCCUCGUAAAAGAAGCAACAACAAACAGCCACAUGUUCACAUUGUACAAACAGCUUCGGCUAUACAGUCUGUGCAUAUCGAAUCACCAAAUUCACCGAUUUCACCGACUGUUGAUCAGACAAACAAAACCGUUGUUCAAAUUAACGGAUCGCGGACAGUGCACAAAUUGCAAAUUAAAAACGAAUUCACAGAUGUUAUAAACGUUCAAACUGUUUCCGUGCUUGAUAGUCCUCAAAGAAAAACAUCUAUCAUGAUAACAGGUGAUGAUUGUUAUUCAACCGUAAACGUUAACGACGACGUUCCACUUUAUCAAUCUUCGGUUGUUGUUAAGGAUACUGUUCCAGAAACAACCGUAAUUCAGAGUACCAAAAAGAGCAGUUCCGUUUACAUUACCGGUAAUUUUAUCUCUUCAGAACCUGUAACAUCACCAGUUGAAAUUAAAGAUUGUGUGAAAGAAUUUAAGGUCAAUGAAUCGAAUAAUGAAUAUAUCUCAGAGAACAGCAGUGAAAGUGGUAAUGAAGAAUAUGAAGAGUGUGAAGUAAGUCACAAUGCAGAAGUGAAGAAAAGCGAAAUUAUUAAGAAAGCAGAUAAUAAUAUUCUUUUGGAUACGUUCGAUGAAAAUGACAUACCCUCGUCGGAAUUAUUGAAAGAACUUUUAAAAGAUCCUGUAGAAGCAGUUCGAAGAAACUUAGUCCCUCAUGUCUGUGGUAAAUCAGAUGUGCCUAGGAGACGACGUGCCAAGAAAUUCCUUCCCGAUGAGACACCUCUAGACUUAUCAGAAAAUACGGAUUGUUUACAUAAUUACUUAGAUGAAUCUUUUCUAAGGUUACAAAAUUCGAAUUUACUAGGAGAUGAUUUAAGUUCAGAACAUAGUUCGUCCACUCAAUAUGAAUUAAUGGAUGCCAGUUCUGAAUGUUACACAGAUCACAGCAAUCGAAGUUCUGUAACAGAGGAGGAGUUAGUGAACAGAACUAAAUUUUAUGAAUUAUUAGCAGAUUCAGCUGUAGUUGAAGUAUCAGAAAAUGAAGAUCACCAUUAUGAAAGUAUUAAAAAUAACUCCGAUCCGAUAUAUGAAGAAAUUGAAAUUCCGCCACCUUUGCCAACGAAUCCUCCACCAUUGAAUCUUUUAGACGAUUUACAUUUAGAUAAGGAAUACACUACAAGGUCCAUAUUUGAAGGAGCAUCGAAAUAUGAUAUUUUAAGUUAUUUAGUGGAUGCAAAGGAGAGAGGAAUUGUUCCUGAGGAUAAUUAUUCUUAUAACUUUGUUAAUAAUGGAAUUUCAGUAGACGACGAUACCAAAGAAUCUUACAACAGGGUAUGCCACAUGAGUACAGUAAGCGAUUCAAGUGAAGAUAAUAGUUUGAUUAUGCCAAGUCCUUUAUGUGAUGAUAAAUCUCCUUUUCAAAAAACAGCAGAAGUUGAGAGAAAUGAUUCUGGUGUAGGCUCUGAAACCAGUAAAAGUUCUUUGAGUAAAUAUAGGCUAAAACCUGAGACAUCGGUAACUUGUGAGGACUGUGAGUCGGUUAUCGAAUCUUCUGCUGAAACGGAACCGUUAAUUUGUCGAAAAUGUUUAAAGAAAAGGUCAGAACGCAAAGAAAUUAUUACAGAAAUAGUAGAGACUGAAGAGAAGUACAGUCGAGAUUUGCAAAUUAUUUUAGAAGAGUUCUAUCAACCUAUGCUAGUGGCUGGUUUACUGACACCAGAACAGUUAUCGGCAAUAUUUUUAAACGUGGAGGAACUUUUAGAAAACAGUCAAAGCUUAGCAGAACGGCUAAGAGAUGCAGUUGAAAUAGCUGUAGAACAAGGAGACGAAGAUCUCCUGACUGUAAAUAUCGGCAAAAUAUUUUUAGAAGCUGCACCUAUGUUACACGGUUUUGAAACAUAUUGUGUUCGACAAGGUGCGGCAAGCUUACUUCUGGCUAGUCUUGAAAAAGAAAAGGAACUUCUCCGAAUAUUUUUAAGGGUUUCUCAAAUGGAAAAUACGAUGUUAAGGAGAAUGAAUCUCAAUUCAUUCCUUAUGGUACCUGUUCAAAGAGUCACUAAAUAUCCUUUAUUGCUUGCACGAUUGUAUAAAGUUACACCUAUUCAUCAUAACACAAAAGAACAAUUAAAGGAAGCGCAACAUAAGAUUGAACUCCAUUUAAAUCAUAUGAAUUCUGAAACUAAAGAUGUGCCUAGCAAAUUAUGGCGAAGAAUUGGAAGUAGUAAUGGUAGAAGGUCAAGUACAGAAAUGGAUUUAGUAAACAUAAAGUUACGAAAAAUUGCUGUUGACGUUCUCGAAUGGAAUCACGACGAAGCUAAAUUUGCGUUAGAAGGCAAAUUGCUGUUUACUCAACCAACUGAUAACAACUGGAGAAAAGGGAGGACUAUAAAACUGACACCGGUGAAUGCCCUUCUUGUAAUUAACGGCAAGCCAUCAAUGAAUCGACCGGAACGAAACGAUGAAAAUAGUCUGAUAUUUUCACGGCAUUCAGCAGUUCGAGAAGCUGCUCUUCUUCUGGUUCGGGACAAGAACGGUCGGUAUUCCCUGUUACGAGAACCACUUUAUCUGGAUCGCUGUGUCAUCGCCGCUGACCCGGCGUGGCAGAGCUAUUUUGAAGUACAAGAACUCCUUGGAAAGGAUACUUUUAUAUUUAAGGCUGAAGACGAUGAACAAACAAAAAAAUGGUACACCCAAUUGCAGUAUCAUGCUCAAGGAAUGGGAGCCUGGAGAAAGCGACGUAAUGCUUUAGCCAAUAUAAUGAUAAAUGGUAUGGGUUUAAGAUCCUAACAACGUUCUUACAUAAGCAGUCUAUUUAUUUUGUUGAGAGUAAUGUUUUAAAAGCUUUAAAGCUAUUACAACAACAAGUGUUUCUUGUAAUUUGUACUUAGAAAUCGAUGUGUAAGUUUACAUUUGUUGUAAAUAUUUAGUAAUUUAGCUGUGAUAUUUUCUGGAUGUGGUAUUUGGGACUUCAUUUAUGUACUUCACAAACAGUAACAUGCUUGAUAAAAUACUUGUGGUUAGUGUAAUUUUAUCUUUUAUUAAUCACUGUAAAAAUUGUAAUUAAAU